CGCUAUUCGUCCGCGCACAAGUAGGAUUUGGCACGAAGUCAAAUAUCUAUUUUUAAUAGACUGUUCUUAAAUUUCACCUUGAACUUUUGCGUAGAAGGUCAACAAAAGUUUUGCUGAUGUCGUUAUGUCUGGCAGACAGAAAAUUUGGCAUGAUCUAGUUAAAUCGGGUAGUGUGAACCCCAAGUCGGCGAGUGGUUUAAUAAUAGCAGGGUUGGGUAUAGCAGCCCUAGGCAUUGCAGGUCGCUAUGCAGCAAAACAUGGCAAAGUUGCAGGGGAAAUGCUGAAAAAACAAAUUGAUGCCCUUCCUACUGCUGCAGGAAGCAAAUACUACAGGGGAGGCUUUGAUGCCAAGAUGACAAAGAGGGAAGCCUCUCUCAUUCUAGGAGUCAGGUAGGUUCACUUCAGCACUUUAGUAACAUGUUGAUCAUUUUCAAUCUCAAGAUAUGAACCUUUUUUAUGUUGUCAACUUCUAAGGUCAAAAAGAAAAAAAAAAUAGAUCAUCCAUGAAAGUAAAAACAGAUAAAAUUAGGAAGAGGAAAUACAUGUAUACAGUCUUAUCAAUUGGUUAUAUGUUACAUUUCCCAGUUUUAAAAUAGUUUUUGUGAAGA